AAAAGUGUAAUGUAAUAGACAGAACCAUUUUAAUAUUUAAUUUUUUCUCAUUAAUAAUUUUAUCAAAAUUUACAAAUAUGACUGAUUUUUUUGAAAAUUCAUUGCCGAAAAUUGAUAAUUCUAUAGCAUUUAUUGAUAAUGAUAAUUCGAUAAUUGAUAAUUAUGAAAAAUCAACAGAUGGAGAAGAAAAAAAAAGUCAACACGAAACAGAAUUAAAAUUAAAUAAAAGUGAUAAAUUGUUAAACAAAUCUCCACAAGCAGACGAGUGGUAUAGAAUUUUUCAAACAAUAUUAUUCAUUAUCACAGUUUUGGGUCUCAGUUAUCAUGGAUUUCAUUAUGGUCGUAGCGAAUAUAAUUUACAGGAAAAUAGAAGAUCAACAAAUGGUUUUUUAGCCGCUCAUAAAAAAGUUGUUACCAUAAUUUUGGGAUAUACAAUUCCUUAUUCUGUUAUUUCAUCCAUCGCUGCUCUUAUGCUUACAUUUUCACUUGUUUCAAAGAGGCCUCACUGGAGUUUACCUUCGAUAAUUAUUUCCAUGUCAGACCUCGUCUGCGACGUGGGUGAUGCUUUGAUGGCCUCAUGGCUCUUUUUUACAAAUCUUCCAUUUUCAUCUGCACUUUUUUAUUCUACCUGCAUAAUCUCCAUAAUUUUAGGUGAAUUUUGGGUUUGGCUUGGAGUUUUGCGACUUUAUGAAUCUAGAGCAUUCAAGUAAAACAAACAAAUUCUUCCUGAUUAAGAAAUUAAUUUUUUUUUAAUACGUUUUACAUAG